AUGAGCAACCUGUCGUCGACGUCGUCUACGGUGACGGCCACCCCGUCUAACAUCACCCAGCAGCCCAUCCAUCAACCUCCACCUCCAGGCCAACCAAGUCGCAUUCCAGUGACUCCUGCCGUCCUUCGCUCCAUCUUCGCGUCCUCUCGCACAACGAACGAGGAGCGCUCCUUGUCCCGUGUCGCAUUUUUCAGAUUCACGGGAUUCCUGCUCAGCUGCUUAGCCAUCAGCGUCGCUGCUGCUCGGGGACGAGGUAUCAAAAGCGGCGCUGCUCUCCUCGGUAGUCUGAUGGCGGAUUUGGACUAG